CUUCCCCUCAGUUACGAACGCCUCCCCCCUCUCCCCCAGAAACGGCUUCCCCUCAGUUACGAACGCCUCAGAAACGGCUUCGUUUUGAUAAUGAAAACCACUAACCUAAGCCAACCCGCUCCCCUCAGUUACGAACGCCUCCUCUCUUCUCUCUCACAAAAAUGAAAAAUCCAAUCCUAAGAUUGUAACCUAUCAGAGCGCAGAGCACAGUCACGUCUCCACCCGUUAGCCCCGACCACUAUCGGCGCCGGCGGUGACAACCAGUGGUGGACAUUCUCGCCACUCGAAGAUCUGGUCUUUUUCUCGCGUCGCAGAAGGUGGGUUCGGAGCAGCUGUUGUCAUCAAGCUCGCUCUGUCCUCGUCGUCGUCCCAACCGCAGAUUAAAAUAAUUGAUACAAGUCCGUGCACUGCACACAUAAAAAUUCAAGGACAAACUCAAAUAACCGCUCAGCAACAGCACCGAUGGUUGGAAGAACUGAAUGAGGUGGUGUAAUUGGUAUUCCCCAAAAAAUGUCUGCUUCACAUUAGCACUGCCUAUAUCCUGACCAGUCGAUGCAAAGUGAUUCUUCAGUUGGAUCGGGUCAGUCGGUUCAACCUGUAAUCCACCGGUUGAACUAGUGACCUGAUAGUCUCAAUCACCGGUUUGGUUCUGACAACUAUGCCUUAUGCUACUCUUUGGCCCCUCCAGUCUUCCCUCUCAAAAACGACGCCGAAUUUGGAACGAAGCUGCAUCAUCAGUCAUUGUAAGCUCUUCCCUCCCAUUCCUCUGUUUCUAAGUACUUCGCAUAAAACCUACACAUACCCACAAUCCAAAUUUGUAUUGCUAUAAUCUAUUUCAUCAAUGCCUUCGAUUUCAAGAAGCAAAACGAUGGUGGGUAUGUUUCAUAGGUACCUAAACUAUGUGAAAAGUCCUUCCUUUUCUCCAUUAACCCUUCAAGCUCCACCUCAAACUGAAACCACACUUCAAUUGCCAGUUUUUUCUUCUUUUCGGCACCCUCCUUGCCAUAUUUCAAGAUCACAUGCUUCUUGUGUUUACUUAAUUCAGUCUUCAUCACUGCAUAUUCACUCUUUUGGUAAACAUGUUGUUCCAAUGCGGAAUUAUUGUUCAGAAACUGUCUCAGUGAUCCAAAAUUCUAGCUUUAGUGUGAAUGUUGAAGAAGUUAAUGGUUUAGAGAGCUAUGUUGAUAAGGUUUACAACUCUGUGAUGGAUAGUUCUCUAGGUUUUAACAAUUUGGAAAAUGCUCUUGAUCAAUUGGGUGUUCCAUUGUCUACCCCAUUGGUCACCGGGGUGUUGUAUAGGCUUCGUUAUGACGAAAAGAUUGCAUUUCGGUUCUUCACUUGGGCUGGCUGUCAACAGAAUUAUUCACAUGAGCCUUGUGCUUAUAAUGAUAUGAUGGACAUCUUAUCUUGUACUAAGUACAAGACUAAGCAGUUCCGGAUAGUUUGCGACAUGCUGGAGUAUAUGAAGAGGCAUAACAAGAACACGGUGCCAGUUGAAGUCGUCUUGACGAUUUUGAGGAGGUAUACAGAGAAGUAUCUGACUCGUGUGCAGAAGUUUGCGAAGAAGAAGAGGAUAAGAGUGAAGACACAGCCAGAAAUAAAUGCAUUUAACUUGCUCUUGGAUGCCCUGUGCAAGUGUUGCUUAGUUGAGGAUGCUGAAGGUCUGUAUAAGAAAGUUAGGAAAAGGAUCAAGCCCAAUGCAGAUACACACAAUAUAUUGGUUUUCGGCUGGUGUAGGGUUAGAAACCCGACUAGGGCAAUGAAAUUCCUGGAAGAGAUGAUUGAAUUGGGUCAUAAGCCUGACAAUUUCACUUACAACACCGCCCUUGAUACCUUUUUCAAGGCAGGCAUGAUAACCGAGGCACUAAAUCUUUUUGAAUUCAUGAGAACGAAAGGUUCAACCAUAUCUUCUCCCACUGCAAAGACUUAUGCAAUUGUAAUUGUGGCGCUUGUGCAAAAUGAUAGAAUGGAGGAGUGUUUUGAACUUACGGGGCAUAUGAUUAGCAAUGGUUGCCUUCCUGAUGUUUCAACAUACAAGGAUAUAAUUGAAGGGAUGUGUUUGAAUGGAAAGAUAGAUGAAGCUUACAAGUUCUUGGAUGAGAUGGGAAAUAAAGGUUACCCUCCAGAUAUUGUUACUUAUAAUUGUUUCCUCAAGGUCCUUUGUGACAAUAAGAAGUCUGAGGAAGCCCUUAAACUAUAUGGAAGAAUGAUUGAAUUCGGUUGCCUUCCUAGUGUUCAGACUUAUAAUAUGCUGAUUUCAAUGUUUUUUGAUAUGGAUGAUCCUGAUGGGGCAUUUGAGACUUGGCACGAAAUGGAGGAGCGAGUUUGCAGACCGGACACACACACUUACUGUCUGAUGGUUGAGGGGCUAUUUCGCUGCAAUAGAAUUGACGACGCUUUUAUUCUUUUGGAAGAAGUGAUAAACAAGGGAAUAAAGUUGCCAUAUCGGAAGUUCGAUUCUUUUUUGAUGCAACUCUCGACAAUUGGUGAUCUCCAUGCCAUUCACAGGCUUUCAGAUCACAUGAGAAAGUUCUAUAAUCAUGCUAUGGCAAGACGUUAUGCACUAAGCCAGAAGCGUAAGAGCAUGAGUUUGAGAGGAUAGUAAUAAGUUCUUGAUUGGUUUUGUGCUACUAAUUGUCAUCGGACCCUGGAGGAGGCGAAGACACAAAGUUAGGACAGCUCUUUUCAUGAUAGGUUCAAGGAAUAUUACCUGCAACAAUGGCAGGUAUUUCAUGAUUUCAUACGCCUUAAAGUUCAUCACUGCACCAUUUAUUGUACUAUUUCAUGACAACAACUAGUUGCUCAUCUAACGUGCUUGACUUGUUAUGCUAUAAAGUGCGAAAAUUUUCAUUACUGGAUCUUAUUUUUGCUCACUUUUAGUUCGUCCAUUGAAAUUCUGGAAGCUUCGAUGAUGCAGUUUGAUUGUGCUCUGCUGCUUAGUUGAUGCAACCUGCUGAUCUAGCGAUUUGAAGAUCCAUGCCUAGAUUUUAUGGCCUCAUGCAUUGUGGUUGUGAACUUUUAAUAAUUCCAUUUGUGAGAUUCUGUUUGGCAUUUUGAUGAGGCUACAGUAUGCUGUGCCUUCGAAAUUAUCUCAUUGUGUAACAAUCAUAACAAGUGGGCCUUUUUUUCAAUAAGAUCAUUAUACUUUUCAUUUCUAAACUUUUGGGCACAUUGUAUUUUUCUAUUUCCAUUUCCUCAUUUGUUUUCUUCAUACACUUUGUUAAAGAAGGUAGUUUGUUUUGUUGGAGAGUUUAGAUCAGGUAACUAGGCAAGUGACUUAAUGUGAGAUCUUUACUUUGAUUGCUUUCUGUAUCUAUCUAUCUAUUAAUAUAUGAUAAGAAUGUAGUAGGUGGUUGGUUGCUCAACAAGUGGAGCUUCAAAUGGUCGACAAGUGUUAGCUUUCACUGAGUGACACGUGGUGAAGCAAUAAAAAAAU